UCUUAAACAUGGACUCCAAAUACAGCCUCCCUGCUGCAACUUUUCUCACACUCUUCUGCAUUUUCACACUCUUUUCACCGGUUCUCGUUGCUGGAUCAAUGCACAACCUCCAUUCUGCUCGGUUACUCCACGUCACUAGAGCCAUAGGGCCGGAGAGUCUUGUUUUUGAUAGUCAUGGUGGAGGUCCAUACACCGGCGUGGCGGAUGGUCGGAUUUUGAAGUGGAAAGGAAAGAAACGUGGUUGGACUGAAUUUGCUGUCACGAGUUCCAAUAGGUCACAAUGUGUGCGUCCAUUCGCACCAAAGUUAGAGCAUAUUUGCGGGAGGCCACUAGGACUAAGGUUUGAUAAGAAAAAUGGAGAUUUAUACAUUGCUGAUGCCUACCUUGGUCUCAAAGUAGUAGGAGCUGCAGGAGGUUUGGCCACCCAAGUAGCAACUGAAGCCGAAGGUCAUCCUUUUCACUUCACCAAUGAUUUGGACAUCGAUGAAAAUGAAGGUGUUAUUUACUUCACUGAUUCAAGCACAGUCUAUGAGAGAACGCAAUAUACACUUUUACUUGUUAGUGGCGACAAGACUGGGAGGUUAAUGAAAUAUGAUAAGUCAACCAAAGAAGUGAAGGUCUUAUUAAGAGGCCUUGCUUUUCCUAAUGGUGUUGCUUUAAGCAAAGAUGGUUCAUUUCUUCUGGUAGCUGAAACCUCAAAUUGCAGAAUUCUUCGGCUUUGGCUUCAUGGACCAAAAGCUGGUAAAGUCAGUACUUUUGUUGAUCUUCCAGGUUUUCCCGACAAUAUAAGGAGAAAUUCAUAUGGUCAGUUUUGGGUUGCUUUGUAUUCAUCAGCUGUAAAGCUGAGUGAUGAAGGAGAAAUAUUAGAAACCUUAGAAGAUUUCGAAAGGAAGACCAUGAAGAACAUUAGUGAAGUGGAAGAGAAAGAUGGAAAACUUUGGAUUGCAUCGAUAGUAACGCCUUAUAUUGGUGUUUAUAGUUUAUGAGCAUGCAGUAUAUUACGUUAGUGUGUACAUGUCCCAUACAAGGGACAAUUUUAUGUUUUUAUUAGUAUUUAUAUGUUCAUUUUAAAGUAUUGUAUGAAAUAUAUUAGUGUGUACUGAUGCAAUGCAAUAUAUUAUUGGCAAUUAUAUGAUGAA